AUGGGUUCUUCACAGUCGACUGCUAAGGUCCAAGACACCCAUAGUGAUGCUGAUAAAAUCAGAAGAACACAACACAGUAUGGCAGCUGCUGGAGCAGGUUCUGAAUGCCCACUGACACCCGAACAGAGAGCUGCUGCUUCUGCUGGAGAUGGAUGUGGAAGUGCUGGUGGAUGUCCAGCCGGGGCCGAUAAAGGAACCAUCAACCCACUCAACAACGAACUCGAACAUCCAAAUCAGAAGCCAGCUCCAGAUCAGCCAUUUCCACUUCCCACCAACAGAGUGAAGUCUACUAUUCCAAAAGCUGGAACUGAGAAAGAUACAUGGGUUUAUCCAAGUCCACAAAUGUUCUGGAAUGCUAUGCUCAAGAAAGGAUGGAGAUGGGAGGAAGAACAACUUUCCCAAAACGAUAUGAUGAACAUUAUCAGCAUCCACAACGCCAACAAUGAAGAAGCCUGGCGCGAGGUUCUCAAGUGGGAGAAUCUGCUCCAUCCAGAAUGCGCGGAACCAAAGUUGAAAAGCUUCAAGGGAGACGCCAAGAACAUUUCUCCAAGAGCUCGUUUCCGCAAGCUCGUUCUCGGAUACGCUUAUCCAUUUGAUCGUCACGAUUGGAUUGUUGACAGAUGUGGAACGAAAGAAGUUCAAUACGUUAUCGACUAUUAUGACGGAGGAGCCGUCGAUCCAGAGUCAAAGCUUUUCACUGUACUUGACGUGCGACCGGCUAUGAAUUCUCCUGGAAACAUCUGGGAUAGAAUGGUUGUAGCUUACUGGCGUUUCAAAUUUGAGACUCUUGGAAUGACGCCGAACCUCCCGAUUCCACCAACUGAAGGACACAAUGUCAGCCAUUAA